AUGGCGGACAAGAUAGUUAUUGAGGAUAGCAUGGUGUUUCCUUCACAUGGAUCGCUUCUUAAACCUUGGACUCUUCCUCUUACCUUCUUGGAUAUAACCUGGCUUGGUUUUCACCCCAUGCAACGCCUUCUCUUCUAUGAUUUCCCUUAUGAUUCCUCCCAUUUCAUUCAAAUUGUUCUUCCCAAUCUCAAAUCAUCUCUUUCACUCGCUCUCCAACAUUUCUUCCCUCUUGCGGGCAAUUUUGUGUUUCCUCCGCCUCCUCUGUUGGCUUAUAUUCGAUUCGAAGAUGGCGAUUCGGUUCGGUUUAUAGAAAAAGAGACCAUCGCAGAUUUCCGCCAUCUUAUCGGUGACCACGAACAACAUGUCGAGGAAUUUCAAGCUAUUGUAACCGAUUUACGGCGAUACGACGUGUCUCGACUUAUUUGUGAAAAAUUAUAUUUUGUGAAGAAAUGUUUUGGAAUCGCCAUUGACCUUUUGGAUUUGCGUACAGUGUUGGUGUGGAUGGCAAGGCAUGGUGGUUGCAACAGGUAUGCUGCAGUGACAGGGCAUGUCAAAAAUGGUGAUUACAGUUGCCCAUCUUUGCUCGUUGUUGUGGAACAAGAAUGGAGCAAAGAUUGA